AUGGGCUCAUCCAAGCAUGGGUUUGCAUUGGUAACGCCAGCCUCUCGAGGUCUAGGCUUUGCUUUUGCCCAGAUAUUGCUUGCAAAAACCCAACUGCCCAUCGUGGUAACAGCUCGCAAGAACAGCGACCAGGUCCGAGACCAGUUACUUUCUAGCAAAGGUCUAGCUCCAAACUCAGAGGAGAGACUAAAAGUGCUAGAAGUUGAUGUUACAGAUGAAUCCACGAUAUCGUCAAUGGCAGAGACAAUUCGCCGGGAAUACCCAGAAACACCACUCAGACUUGCAUUGACAGUGCCGGGAAUUCUCCAUGUUGAGAAAUCCCCAGCUCAAAUUGAUGCCGAGGCCGCUUUGGAUAGCUUCAAAGUGAAUGCUCUCGGUCCACUUCUUCUAUUAAAACAUCUUUCUCCAUUUCUUCCAACAAAAUCUUCUCCUGCAUUUCCAAUCUUUUCUUCUAAUGAGAACCACAAUCUGAGACUACCGGAACAUACAAUCUACGCCAUGAUGGCAGCCCGGGUCGGGUCAAUCUCCGACAAUUCUUCUGGUGGUUGGUACUCGUACCGGGCAAGUAAGGCGUCAGUAUAUCAAUUGGCGAAGACAUUCGAUUUGUAUUUGCAGGGCAGAUCUGCAAAAAAAGCACUUGCAGUGGCAUUGCAUCCUGGGACUGUUCAUACAGACUUUACUAAAGACUUUUGGGGUGGAAGGGAAAUGCUGGAGCCUAUGGAUUCUGCAGAACGUUUACUACAGGUUCUUGUUAAUAUGCCACCUGGCCUGGAAGAUGGGAGAGGCCGUUGCUGGGACUGGAAGGGGAAAGAAGUUCUUCCUUAG